UAAUAAUUAUGUAUUAAUGAUUUUAUUUUUCUAUCAAGAAAUAAAAAAUUAUUGCUGUAUGUACAUACCAUGUAUUAAUAUUUGAUAACUUAUCCGAACAUUAUGAAUUAUCCCAGUUAAAAUUAAAUGCAGUGUUAUUCAGGCUGCCUUAAUACGUAUGUAUACAUAGUUGCUGUUGAGGUUUUUUUUAACUGUUUAUUCGGUGACCUGUCAAUUUGGACUUUUCACAGAAAACUUUCCCGCUUAAAAUUCAAAUACAAUUCUGUUAGGUUAACAUUGCAAUGUUAAUGUUAAACUGUUUCAUAAGCACCACAUAAAGAGUUCUGCAAGCAGUUCAUUUCGGCAGACUGUCGAAAGCUGAUUGGUAUGACAGAGAACAUGAUAUGUAAACAACAUUACGCGCGCUCCCUUUUUGAACCUUCACGUUUGGUUGCUACCGGAUCGGUCCAAUGGACGUUCGUGAGGUCGCAGGGCUGCUCAGAUCUUAUCUAUAUAGUGUCAGGAGGCUUUCACGAUCUAAUCCAUACUGCACCCUCGUUCGCGAGCAUCGCGCCAGCAGCUGGAACACCGACAGCAUCAUGCUUUACCGGCUUUGACCUAACCCUCUCUGGCCACAAACCGCUAUGCCGCGAUCCCCUCCUCUCACCAAGCCAGGUUGCCCUCUCCGGUGGCCAGGAAUACCUCUUGCGUGGCUGUGGACUCGUGGCCAUGAUGCCGUGCGAUCUUCGGGACAUGAUUCCGACGUAGCUCCUCGUCCUCUCGAGAGUUUCAAGGGAUGUUCUCCUGGCUGGACUUUGGCAGCUACCGACUGUCCAGCUGCGGGCCAUAGCUAUGAUGCCACUGCUGUGCCGCUGAGUCGACAAUGUGGCGUCCCGUCCGCUGCAGGGACAUAAUUUCAGCAACCAAACCAAGCAAAUCAAACGCUGGGCUUCAGCUUCGAUACGCAGGACUAUGUAUCCUACGGCGUAUUCGAGAUAGGCCGAGUCCCAGCCAGGCAGAAUCGUCUCCCAGCAAGACAGAAGCGCAUCCCCUGCAAGAGCCCGAACCUAACAAGCCGUCAUC